AUGCCUGCUGUAGCUAACCAAGACAAGAAUGCUAUUUUAAUGUAUCAAUUUCCGCGGGCCUCAACUAUCCCAAGUGCAUCUCCAUUUGCAUUGAAGUUAGAAACCUACUUUAGAAUGGCUGGCAUCAAGUAUGAAUCAGAUUUAACUGGUAAAUUUUCUAAAAAUGGCAAAAUUCCAUGGGUUGUUAUCGAUGGCCAACCAUUGGGUGAUACAGCUUUCAUAACUGAAUAUGUCAAUAAAAAAUAUAACAUCGAUCUUGAUAAAAACUUAAGUGAACUAGAUAAAUCCAUGGCUCAUUCCUAUCGAAAAAUGCUUGAAGAAAAUACUUUUUGGGCUGCUAUCAAUUAUGGACGCUUGGUAGAUAAUUUUCCUUGGCUAUUAAAAGAGCUAGGAGUACCUAGUGCAUUGUCAUGGAUCGCAAAGCUAACUGUACGUCGUCGGCUGCUGAAAAACAUGUGGGGACACGGAAUUGGAAGGCAUAACGGUGAAGAAAUACAAAGCAUUGCUAUGCAAGAUAUUAAAGCAUGUGCAGAAUUUUUGGAUAACAAACCAUUCUUUAUGGGAGAUCAACCAACAUCUAUAGAUGCAGUCAUCUUUGGUUUCAUGGCUGAACUGAUUUGGUUUAUGCCACCUGAUCAUUGGACGAUUAAAUUAAUAACAGAAGAAUAUACAAAUGUUGUUGAUUAUUGUGAAAGAAUGAAGGCAAAAUAUUGGCCGGAUUGGGAUGAUAACUUGAAGAAAACAAAAUAA